GGCCUGGUGUGCUACAGUCCAUGGGGUCACAAGAGUCUGACGCGACUGAGCAACUGAACUGAACUGAAUAGUUUGAACACUAAUGUCUUUCCAGGAUCUGGGCUGAUCCUUGGUAGGUGCUCAAUAGUGGUGAAUUUAAUUAACAAGUAUUUAUUGAGCUGCCAGUAUGUGCCAUGGAUGCCAGUGCGAGAGCCAUGAGCAAGUAGACAAAAACUCUGGGGCUCAUGGAGCUUCUGUUCAAAUGAAGGAGAAACAGUAAAUACUGAAUCAUUUAAGUGUAAAUGCUUAAUUAAUUACAUCCUAUGCCCACACUGAGGAGCACUGGGAGUUCUAAUAAAUGGAAAACCCAGGGAAUUCUCUGGCAGUCCAGUGGUUAGGACUACUGUGCUCCCAAUGCAGGGGCCUGGGUGUCAAUCCCUGGUUGGGGAACUAAGAAGUUGCAAGCAGCAUGCCAAAAAAAAAAAAAAAAAAAAAGGAAACCCAGAGAAUGGAGUAGGGGUGGGGUGUCAGGAAUGGCUUCCAAGAGGAAGUGACAUUUGAAUGGUGACCUGAAAGAUAAGGAGGGGUUAUUUGCAAGGAGCAAGGAGAAGGGUAUUCCAGAAGGGGGAAUAGUCCAUGCAAAGGCCCUGAGGUGGCCUAUUUUAAUAACAGUGAAGAAGCCUGGGACCAGAGCCCAGUAAGCAAAGGAGAGUGUGGUGAUGGGAGCCGGGUGGUGCAGAGCCUUGUGGGCAAUGAUGGGGUAUUCUGUGUUUUUAUUUAAAUAAUUGAAUAGAUAUAACACAUUUGGCACAGUACCAGGCACAGGCUAAGUGCUGUGUAAGUGUAUGCUGUCAUUACUUAUCCUAACAGAAAGAUUUUGAGUAGGAGAGAGUGGUAUGAUCCAGUUUGUGUUUUUAAACAUCUAUCUGUGGGAUGGAGAAUGGGUUGCAGGAGGCAGAGAAGCAGGCCAGCAAAGAUGCUAUAGCAUCUUUGCAUCAAUCCCAAUGCAAGAUGAUGGUGAGACCAGUGGAGGGACAAGAAAUCAAAUGCUAUUUAGCAGGAAAACUAGAAAGGGAACGGAUGGAAACGGAAGUGAGGGAGGAAAUGGGAUGGGGAAGCUCUGAGACUUUUGGUUGGGUGACCGGGGAGUGCCAAAGAAGUAAUAUUGCAAAGCGGGCAAGAGUGUGGAUUCUGGAACCACGCUGCCGAGGUCUGAAUCCCAGCCCUGGCACUCUCUGGCUGUGUGACCUCAGGUAAGUAACUUAACCUCUCUGUGCCUCAGUUUCUGCAUCCAUAAAAUAAGGAUAAUAGUAACACCUAUUUCAUGGUGCUGUGAAGAUUAGAGGAUUCAUCAAGUUUGAAAACAGUGCCUCGCCCAGGAGACGGUCUGUUUUACCAUUGCUUCUAAGAGAGGGGAAGACUAGGAGCCAUGUUUGCGGAGGGAAGAAUUGGUGAUCAUUUGCGAGUGAGGCCACCUCCCCCACUCAGGGACGUCAGGCUGAAGAAGAUUGUGAAACUCUCCAAGACCAAGAACGUAGGGAGAAAGGAGACCUAGGAAGGGACCCCUGGCAGCCACACCACCCGGGACGAUGUGGGACAUGAGAGCCGUUGCCCCGCAGCGGCCCACAGCUGGACAUCCCCAAGCAGGCUGGCCCAGGAAGCUCAAGACAGCCGCCACAAGAUUCUGGGCCACCUGCCCUUCUUCAUCCACCGUCUACUUCCUCUUUGUCAUCUUUGCGGUGUCCACUGUUUUUCACUGCCACCGGCGCCUGGCCCUGGUGCCCACCCCUUGGGCCUAUGCAGGUCGCGUGGUCUUGUUCCCCAGACACCUGCCGAGGGGGGGCGUGUUCACCAUCAAUGCCAAAGGCCGCCUGGGGAACCAGAUGGGGGAGUAUGCCACCCUGUACGCCCUGGCCAAGAUGAACGGGCGCGCUGCCUUCAUCCCGCCCCAGAUGCACAGCACACUGGCCCCCAUCUUCCGAAUCACACUCCCAGUCCUGCACGACGCCACGGCCAGGAGCGUCCCCUGGGAGAACUACCACCUGAACGACUGGAUGGAGGAGCAGUACCGCCACAUCCCGGGGGAGUACGUGCGCCUCACCGGCUACCCCUGCUCCUGGACCUUCUACCACCACCUCCGCGCCGAGAUCCUCCAGGAGUUCACCCUGCACGCCCACGUGCGUGAGGAGGCCCAGAACUUCCUGCGGGGUCUGCGGGUGAAUGGCAGCCGGCCGAGCACCUACGUGGGGGUCCACGUGCGCCGGGGGGACUAUGUCCGAGUCAUGCCCACCGUGUGGAAGGGCGUGCUGGCCGACCGGGGCUACCUGCAGCAGGCCCUGGACUGGUUCCGCGCUCGCCACCGCAGCCCGCUCUUCGUGAUCACUAGUGACGACAUGGCCUGGUGCUGGAGGAACAUCAACAGCUCCCACCGGGACGUGGUGUUUGCGGGCAGCGGCCGGCAGGGCUCGCCGGCCAGGGACUUCGCGCUCCUCACGCAGUGUAACCACAGCGUCAUCACCGUGGGCACCUUUGGCAUCUGGGCCGCCUACCUCGCUGGGGGGAGCACCGUCUACCUGGCCAACUUCACCCUGCCCGGCUCCCGAUUCCGCAUGAUCUUUAAGCCCCAGGCGGCCUUCCUGCCCGAAUGGGUGGGCAUCGCAGCCAACCUGGGGCAGGCCAGAGAGAGCCACCCCUAGCCCCGCUCGGGUCCCUGCCGCCCUAUCGGGCCCAACAGGCUUGGAUGCCGGAGUCUAAAUCCAGGCUGUUCAGCUUCCCAGCUGGGUGACCAUGGACAAGUGACUUAAUCUCUCUGUGUCUUAGUGUUCCACCUGAGAAACGAACCUAACGCAGGCUCCUUCUGAGAACACGCGUUCAUGUAGUUCCUUGGAAACAGGUGUGAGGGUUGGCCACUCACAGGUUUGUGAUUGGCAGGCCUGGGCCUUUGCAGUGAACACGUAUUUUUGCCCUCUCCUUUAUAGCUCCGGGAACAUGGAGCCCAAAUAUUUGGUACUUGCCUCUUUGGAGGGUUUGGCAAUGACACUUUUCCUGCCCUCGAUUCGGCUGUUUGAGGCAGCUAAAGAAUUCGGGCUUUGGGUUUGAUGGGGCCUUAGAUCGUGAAAGAAUGGGAAAGAAAAUAGGAUAUGAGAGGGAAGAUCUCGGGGAGAUAACCUUGUUGAGGAGGGGGAGUCCCCAGAAGUGAGGGUGGGUGGGGCGUGGGAGGGCCUCCCAGAGAUGGCAGGACUCAACCCCAGGCCUGGCCGGCAGCGGCAAGGACACCCGGAGUCCGCACGUCAUGGAAGCAGCAGGUUGGCCACGGAGGGGCGGGGCCUCAGAGCCUGCCAUGGCCACGUCCACCGUGCGGGCAGGCGACUGACACCGUGGCAGUGCCUGUGCCCGCAGGACCUUGUGCUGCUGUGAGGAGCCCUAAUGUGGACUAAAGUUGGAUUAAAUGAUUACAAUAC